AUGGGAUUGUCUUACUUCAUUGGCUCUCCCUCUCUAACAACAUCAAUUGCCCUCCUUGUAGGUGGCUUGCUUCCCAUGAUCCCAUACUUCGUCAUGCACAAAGUCCUCCAUGCGUUAUUCGUCUCGAUCGGCAUCAUAGUCGUCAAUCUUAUAUCCUUCGGCUUCGUCAAAAACUACGUUGUCAUCAAAACCAAGCGUGCAGGAUUCUACGGUGCGGCGCAGACAUUACUAGUUGGAGCCAUUGCCGCGGGCACGAGUUACGGGAUAGUGUAUGGCAUUGACCACAGCAAUCUACACACUUAG